UUUUAUUUUCAUCCCUACAGCAGUAUUCUCAGUAGCAUUAUUAACAGGAUGGACCUGAGUUUAGUGAUCGUGUGACUUCAAUCAAUUGGAAGGAUCACUAUAUGUUAUUGUUACAUUAUGAAACAAUCUUGAAAAGUUGUGGAUAUAUAAUUAUGACGUGUGUUUGUUCAGUCGAAAUCAGCUAAAUCCACUAAUUGGCUGAAGUGAAACAUCAAUUUAUCUGUCGCCGAUAAUUGGUCAUGGUAAAACAUGGCAGUUUCGGCUACAUCGGAGAGCGCCACCUAUUUUAAAGGAUUUAAAGUGCUGAUGGACCAGAAAGGAGUCGCCUUUGAGAGGAACUACUCCCCAAUAUGUUCACAAGAGAAGUCUCCGCUGAGUAAUGCGAGAGCUAAGCCAGUACGGGUGGUUCCGUUACGCUAUUCAAAGUCGUCGUUCACUCUGUGUAAUGCGCUACACUCUGCUAAUUCUCCGUACAGCCACCAGGAAAUACCAACAACCGCAACACCACUCACAAGCAGUUCCCAGGUGGAUGCUGUGCGCGCCAUCAGUGACGAUCUUCAGAAUCUUGAGCGCAAACUGGAAAGAGAACGGGAUCGACGGACCAACACAGAAAGCCUUGGUGUGGCAAAAUUUGAAACAAAAAUCUCGAGACUGAAACUACUUAGGCCUGUGGCACCACCAGAGUCGCCGAUAGAGAAAGCGACUAGUUGCCUCAGCUAUACAGGCAACAAGGAGUGUACAGUAACAAUGAAUAUCCUGAUGUUGUAUAAUGCCACGAUAGUUCUAGGGGAUGACAUGAAUAAUUCGGAGGUGCAUAAGCGUAACGGGUUUCGGCCUUCUGCAAGGGGAACUUUCUUUACAAGAGACCACCACCCAUCUACAAAUCCUACACUUACAAAUUUGAAUAAUGAUAACUUACUAGCUAUGGGUGCAUUAGCGAUAUCUACUCCACCAUCUGCUUCUAGUCGAAAACAGCAACAGAUAAGUAAGGACAUUCGGAUAUCUCAGACGAAGUCUAAAGGAACGAUGACACUCCCACUUGGGCGGGAACGAACAAAACAACCUAAGUAUGUAUACACUGAUGCUGUGUCAGGAGCAACGCCUGCAUUUCAACAAAGAAUAUCUGAGAUAGCAUCGCUUGAAAAUGAGACAUUAAGAUAUGAAAGAACUAGAAAGCUUAAGAAAAAAACUAAGCAAGAGAGAGACUGACAAUGUGGCAUCAGACCUGACCACUGGUUAUCUGGUCAGAAAUCACUGAUGGAUCAGAUGUCACUGGUGGAUCAGAUGUCACUGGUGGAUCAGAUGUCACUAGUGGAUCACAGGUCACUGAUGGAUCACAAUUCUACUGAUACAGUAGACCAGCAGUCAGUAAUCUUGGUAGCCUUGAUCUUGAUAUCGUCCUGCGAUCGUGGUGGUUGAGACAAAUACCAGUGUUUACCUUCCGACAGAGUUUUUACAGCUUUCACUAAAAAAUGCUUCUGGAGUUAACCACCAGCCAUUAUGGAUACUCUCCAGACAGAUGGCUUGUAGUAGUGAACUGGUCAGCGAUCAUUAAUACUGUCUGGUCAGAGGUCACUGGUAUUAUCUUAUCUGAGGUCACUGACAAUAUUUGGUCAGAUAUCAUUAACUAUAUGGUCAGAGGUCACUCAUACUCUCUGGUCAGAGGCUUCAUUCUGUUUGGUUAGAGAUAACGAUGAUGGAAGCUAUGAGUGAUCAUUGGUACUGUCAGUGCAGAAGAGGUCACUGAACUCUAGUGAUUGAAGAGGUCACUGAACUCCAGUGAUGGAAAGUUGCCAGGAUGCUUUAACCAUUGGGAAAAGUACUGGAGUAGAGGUUGUUCACUGGUUUCUAUAAGACAUACAUCAACUAUCUGCACUUUAUUUAUGAUGAAAACAAAAGAGCCAGCCGUUCAAAAUAGACAAGCAGUGUUAUGCAUGGAUUUCUUAUACAGUAAUCACUGCCUUUUGAUAUUCUGGAGUUCAUAAUGUUUAACAGUUUGAACCAUAAUGAAGUUAAUUAAGUAACAUUCUCAUUUUGGACAAAUGAAUUGUUUGCAAAUUGAAAUAUAAGCAGUGGUGUAUCUACAUGGGUGUGCGGGCAGCACACGCUCCCCCCAAAAAUUACUCGCUCCCCCUCCCCCAGUUUUCCCCCCCCCAAAAAAAAAUCACGGUCAAGUAGUUAAAAAUGACCUAAAAUCACCAUAUUUUGCGAAUUAGCGCCCC